AUGACGAACCCGACAAUCGUAUUUUCCCUAGGUGCCUGGGUCAUCCCAGCCGUCUUUGAUGCUACUCGCUCCCAUCUAGAAGCUCUCGGGUUUCCCUCUGAGUGCCCCGCGCAUCCUUCUAUUGGCGCUGAGCCGCCCACCAAGACACUAUCUGAUGAUGCUGCCUCCCUGCGUGGUGUUCUGACAAAGCUUGCGGACGAGGGACGGGACUUGGUUGUGGUUGCACACUCAUAUGGCGGCGUGGUUGCUUCCUCGUCUCUUGAAGGACUGGGUAAAACGACUCGUGCAGCCGAGGGCAAGACUGGCGGUGUUGUGAAGGUUGUAUAUCUGGCUGCAUUUGCUCUGGACAAGGGUCAAAGCUUGUUGGGUAUGCUGGGAGGAAACUAUCUACCCUGGAUGAAGGUCGAGGGUGACUACGUUCUGGCAGAUGGCGCCGGAGACAUUGGCUGGCAGGAUAUUUCCCUGGACAAGCAGGAAAAGUGGAACUCGUUAGCACUACACACCUCGCGUGCUGUGUUCUCCGGCGAGUCUACUUUUGAGCCCUGGAGUGAGAUCCCCUGCGCCUAUAUCGUGUGUGAGCAGGAUCGGGCCCUACCGCCCCCAUUCCAGGAACUUUUCGCUUCGAAGAUGGGUGGACCGGAAAAUACUUAUCGGCUGCCUAGCUCUCAUUCGCCGUUCUUGAGUAUGCCGGAUCGUCUAGCCGAGGUUUUGCAACAGAUCGUGAAGGCAUGA